CUCCCUUUCUCUGUCAAGCUUACCCUACCCUUAUUAUGCCCACGACCUUUGGUUUAUUGGCUUCCAUGGCUAAACCUAAACUCAACUCAUCACCCUUGUUUUUCGCCUCCUUGAUCUUCAUUGUGAUCUCGAGCUUCAUUCAUGGUGUAUCCUCACAAUUUGAACUCGACGAGUUGUCGUGGCUCGAUGAGAAGGAGGAUGAAGUGGCCAUGGUCCAAAGCCGGCAUGCGAGUCAGAGAAGCUGUGAUUUUACGUCAGGAAAAUGGGUUUAUGAUAAAUCUUACCCUCUCUAUGACUCGAGUUGCCCUUAUCUGAGUUCUGCAGUGACCUGUCAAAAGAAUGGAAGGCCGGAUUCGGACUAUGAGAAAUGGAGGUGGAAGCCUGAUGGUUGUUCACUUCCAAGGUUUGAUGCAUUGGAUUUUCUUGGAAGGAUGAGAAGGAAAAGAAUCAUGCUUGUAGGUGAUUCUAUUGUGAGGAAUCAAUGGGAGUCUCUUGUCUGCUUAGUCCAAUCAGUUGUUCCAACUGGUCGAAAGACAGUAACCUAUGAUGGCCCUUCAAUGGCUUUCCAUGCUCUAGAUUUUGAGACAUCGAUCGAGUUUUCUUGGGCUCCAUUCCUAGUGGAAUUGAAAAAAGGAGCAGGAGGCAAGAGAAUUUUACAUCUGGAUUUGAUUGAAGAGAAUGCAAAGUAUUGGAGAGGAGUUGAUGUUCUUGUGUUUGAUUCAGCUCAUUGGUGGACUCACUCUGACAAAUGGAGUUCGUGGGAUUUCCUGAUGGAGGGAAACAGUGUCAUGAGAAAUUUGAACCCAAUGGUUGCCUAUGAGAAAGGACUCAUCACCUGGGCUAAAUGGGUUGAUCUGAAUCUGGAUCCCCGCAAAACCCGAGUCUUUUUCCGAAGCAUGUCACCUAGGCAUAACAGAGAAAAUGGUUGGAAGUGCUUCAAUCAAAGGGAACCACUUGGGUUUUCCAGUCACCCCCAUGUACCUGCACAGCUAGUAGUGUUGCAAGGGGUGUUGAGGAGGAUGAGAUUUCCAGUAUUUUUGCAGGACAUUACAAAAAUGUCGUCCCUUCGACGAGAUGCGCAUCCUUCUGUUUAUGCUAAAGCAAAGGGCCAAGAAGAGAAGCAGCACCUGAGAGACUAUACCUCUGACUGUAGCCAUUGGUGCCUUCCUGGAGUACCUGAUACCUGGAAUGAGAUGUUGAAUGCUUUGCUUUAAGUAUGAAAUGUGAACCUACGUUAAUAUAGGUAGUGUGGCUAAGCAGAAUAGUUCUUCUAUUCUAGAGUCUGUCAUGUUUAUUGUGGUGCUUUGUGUUUUGGGGUGUCCACCUGAACAUGUUGUGAGGCUGGUUUGUGUGGCAUAUGAAUUUCUGUUGCCAAAUGGUGUUGUUCAUUUUGAUGAUGUUCACUUUGAUAAAAAAAAAAUGUGAAUUGAAUCACAGUCCUCAAGAAAGGGAUGAGUUCAUGGACUUGGACAUUCAAUUCUGCCUAGCCAUAUGUUGGACAAUGGACAGUUUUAAAAAAAGAGUGUAGUGGAUGGGGCUUCUAUCAUUGCGGAGUCCGAGGAGGAAAUUAGAACUAGUAAAUCCUAAUGAGCUUGAAUGGGAGCAAGAAAACCAUUUCUUCAUUCAAAGACAUC